AUGCCGCCAGUAUACGAACCCACAGCGACGACAACAUCAGCUGCGUCGGUGUGGCCAAUUGGAAUUCCGCAGAUAAAAUCCCAAGUUGAUCUCAUUAAUUUCGCACGAGAAAUUUUCUCAACACAACCGACAUCAACGUCGUCGUCCGUCGUUCCUCGCGAUAUCCAGAAUUUGAACCCGAUCGUUGGUUCGUUGGCCUCCGGAAAGUCGCCGACCGCAAUAACCGCCAUUGCGGCUACUGCCGCAAACAUGACUCCUCAAAUCGGAGGCCUCACCUCGCUCGGCUCCCUCACAUCGAUUCCAGCCGAACUGUUGCUCCAAUUAAGCAGACUGGAUAAUAUCAAUCUUCUGCCGUAA